AUGAACCCCAACUGCGCCCGCUGCGGGAAGAUCGUCUACCCCACCGAGAAGGUCAACUGUCUGGACAAGUUCUGGCACAAGGCAUGUUUCCACUGCGAGUCCUGUAAAAUGACCCUGAACAUGAAGAACUACAAGGGCUAUGAGAAGAAGCCGUACUGCAACGCACACUACCCCAAGCAGUCCUUCACCAUGGUGGCGGACACCCCCGAAAACCUGCGCCUCAAACAGCAGAGCGAACUCCAGAGCCAGGUCCGCUACAAGGAGGAGUUUGAGAAGAAUAAGGGUAAGGGUUUCAGCGUGGUGGCCGAUACCCCCGAACUGCAGAGAAUCAAAAAGACCCAGGACCAGAUCAGUAACAUCAAGUACCACGAAGAGUUCGAGAAGAGCCGGAUGGGCCCCAGCGUGGGCGAGGGUGGCGACCCCGACCAGCGCAACUCCCAGGACGGUGGUAGUCCCUACAGGCGGGGCGCCGACCUACCGUCCCAGCAGCUGUCCCAUCACCUCCAGGCCGGAGGCCCCGGAUACCAACAGCCUCAACAACAGCCACAAUCACAGUCCUACAGCUACAAGGAGUCGGCUGUUCCCGUCUCUAUACAGAGGGGCGGCCCUGGGGGAGGCGGGAAGCGUUUCCGCGCCGUGUACGACUACAACGCGGCCGACGAGGACGAAGUGUCCUUCCAGGAUGGGGACACCAUCGUCAACGUGCAGCAGAUCGACGACGGCUGGAUGUACGGCACGGUGGAGCGCACCGGGGACACGGGCAUGCUCCCCGCCAACUACGUGGAGGCCAUCUGAGCGCCCCUCCCCGCCCCCCCCCGCCCCCAACCAAAGGACCGGGGGUCCCAGGACCCCCGCUCCGCCGCCCCCUCUCCAACCCCACCUCCAGCGCAUCGCGCCGCGGACGUCGCCGUCCGCCGCCGCCGCCGCCCCCUUUCUCCUUUGGUAUCUUGUCUUUUUUUAGAAUCCGCGACGGGCCUUUUCCGAUUUCUCUGCCAGUUCAACCAUCCCCUCCUCCUUCCUCCUUCCCGGAGUCUCCCAAGGUGUCCCGCCGGGAGGGAGAGGGCCGCCCCAGGAAGGGCAGGGCCGGGACCCUCCUGGUAUUAAGGGGGGGGUCUGCAGCCUUCGCUCUGGGCUUCCGCAGGUGCUUGUCUCUGCAAAUGUGUCCUUCGCCCCCGGGUUCGACCCUCUGACCUGGACCAAUCUCCCUGGGAUGGGGGAAGGAUGGAGGGAGUAAGAGGGAAACAUCCCCCCCCGGCUCUCCCUGCUUCUGCCCCUCUUCCCCGUCUAAUCUAUCUUCUAGGAAAAGGCCGGCGAGACCGAAAACCUCCCCCCUCCACGAGAGAGGGGAAAGAAAGUGGAGCAGGGCGGCCGUGCUGGGCCUCCCUGCUCUCCACCGGCCCGCGUGACCGAGGGCAGUGGACGCCAGGCUCUUUUCCCACGUUUAAUUCCUCAGUCAUCUCCAUAAAUUGUGGUAUUUCUUCACCACCACCACCCCCGUCCACACAGACACACAACCUCCCUCCCAGCCCACUCCUGCCCGGUCAGACCCUUCCCCUUUUGAGUCCCAUCUCUGAGCAGCAGCAGAGGGGUGAUUGGGGGAGGUGGAAAGAGUAGAGUACAGUGCUCUGCACAUAGUAAGCGCUCGAUAAAUACGAUUGAUGAUGAUAGUUGGGGCUCCCGGGCUGGGAGCAGACAUAGGGCUAGGCUGGCCGUCCCCCCUGCCCUGGAGUGGUGGGGUGGGAGGUUUGGGCAUGGGAUGAGUUGAGCAGUGGGGCGUAGAGGGGGAUGUCACAGUUCCCGGGGGUCACUGAGGCCCUAAGGAUGUCAGAAGAGGAGCCGGUUUGCCUAUGGGGCUCGGGAGGGGCGGGAAGAGGGGUGUCUACCACCUCUAUCUUAAAGCACAACAGUGAAUCUGGGACCAAUGGACCCCACUCCAGGGAAUGGGGCAUUUUUGGACAGGGUGGG